AUGAUCCCGCUGAUCCCACGAUCCUUUCUACGCAUACGAACGCUGUUGGUAACCUUAACACUCACUAUUUUGCUUACCUGGGCAAUAUUGGGAUUCAAAUUCUACCCCAAAAGCAUCUCAUCACAGGCUAUCACUGGCCUGACACCUUCACAUAAACAAUUCUGGCAGGAAUUCCACGCCCUGUUAGAGAAACACGCGCCGAACACAGAGCCUAUCAUCGAAUAUGAGAAGGCAUCGACAGAAGGGUUCAAUGCUCAUAAUGCGCCACCACGACCAGAUACCCUAUACGUCCCGGAGGAAGACAUCAUCACCAUGAAAGAAGCGCAUACUGGGUUCGUCAAUGCAAUCACCGACUCCCCGCCCAGGCUUCCCUACAUCCCCGGGACAAAAGGCAUAGUCUCAACAGCAGGGGGCUUCUACCUCCCAGUGGUAGUGAUAUCUCUCCGCAUGCUCCGCCGCACCGGUUCUACGCUCCCGGUGGAAGUCUUCCUUUCCGACGAAGAGGAGUACGAACAAUAUAUAUGCAAUGAAGUCCUACCCUCUCUGAACGCGCGGUGCAUAGUUCUAUCCAGAAUCCUCAUCGCCUCCCCGGCUGGAAUUCAGAAAUAUCAAUUCAAGCCUUUCGCAAUGCUCUUCUCAUCCUUCGAAGAAAUCCUCUUCCUAGACGCAGACGCCUUCCCCCUCGAGAAACCAGAGCAUCUCUUCACGACCGAGCCCUUCCUUUCACAAGGCAUGGUCACCUGGCCCGAUUUCUGGGCCUCCUCCGUCUCCCCAGUCUUCUACGAUAUCGCAAACUACCCACCUCCGCCAAUGGACCUGCGCCAAUCAACAGAAUCAGGCGAAGUUCUCCUCUCUAAAAGAUCUCACCUCCGCUCUCUCCUCCUCGCAACAUACUAUAACUACCAUGGUCCCUCCCACUACUAUCCACUCCUCUCACAAGGCGCCGCCGGAGAAGGUGACAAGGAAACCUUCGUCGCAGCCGCGACCGCCACGCACGAAUCCUUCUACCAAGUCAGCGAAUCCAUAUGCGCCCUCGGCCACGAAACCCGCGGCGGUAUGGCCGGUUCAGCAAUGGCGCAGUUCGAUCCCGUGCAGGACUUUGCUCUGACCAGUCGGGAUAUAUGGCGUGUCAAAGGCGAUGAUGCCCCAGCACCAGGAGUCUUCUUCAUUCACGCCAACUUCCCCAAGUUCAACCCCGCUACCAUCUUUGAGGCCCAUGAGGUUAAUCCCGCGUUUACGGACGAGGGUACUUAUACGAGGGCCUGGACGAUACCGGUUGAUGUUAUACGCGGAUUUAAUGGCAGGGUUGAUGUCGAGAAGCGAUUUUGGGAGGAAAUUCGUUGGACGGCUUGUGAGCUUGAGGAUAAGUUUCAGAGUUGGGCUGUGUAUGAAGGGAUAUGUGAUGGGGUGAUAAACUACUGGCGUGCUGUCUUUGGAGAGGACUGA